AUGAAUAAAGGCAUGGGCGAAACUAGCAAUAGUCGAUUGCAAAGUGAAUUGAAAUUUAAAGUGCUCAAGCAUAAUCAAACGUUGAUGGCAUGGCUUGGCAUUCAUUCAUACCGUUUAACCGAACCGUCCAAUGAAUUUUACAAAUCAUUUGGAACCUAUUAUAUUUUGAUCAGCAUCGUAUCGGUGUUUUUGAUUUCUUCCACCUAUACUGCACUAUUUUCCACCGAUUUUCAAACGGUGAUACAAGCUUGGCUUUUGGUUGUGGCUGGCAUUCAAAGUGGUGGCAUGUUUAUAAGCAUCGGACUCGAGAUGAAGACAAUUAAGCGCUUACAAAUUAAGUUGCAGGAGAUUGUUGAUAAAGGCACAGGCCAAAUAUACGACAUUUACUGGAAAAAUGAGCAAAUAUGCCGAAAAUAUACGAAAAUCAUUGCAUACUAUGUGUUUAUGAAUCAAGCAGCUUAUUUGAUGGUCUUAAUUGCUCCGAUUUACAGCAUUAUCCAUGGAAUUUUCGACCCAUCCAAAUGGAAACUAAUGUACAAUCUUAUCAUUCCGUUUGAUGAGACAGAACUCUUCGGAUGGUUUGUGCAUUACUUUGCACAAUUCAAUGUCGGACUUACGUAUUCGCUCAUUUUGGUCUCCAUAACAUCGUACUUUGUGUGCGGUUGCUUUUAUGUGAAUUCAAUCUGCAAUCAUUUUGACCAUUUAAUCAAUUCGAUCAAAGACACCAUUGAACCAACGGAAGUCGAUGAAACGAAUGAAAUCAAAGCAAGAGUUCGCACCGAUUGGCGAAGAGUCAAAGAACAAUUGAGCGAGGCAAUCAAUCUUCAUGUCGAAAUUUUUGACGUUUUUGAUAUGCUGGUGGACAUAAAUAGCGCGGUCAUCUUUUGGCUUUUACCACUUGAUGGUUUAUUUAUGGCUAUUUCGAUGUACAAUCUCGAACAUUCAGCAUCAAAUUUGGCCGAUUGGGGUCUAUUGGGAUACGGCAUUAUUUGUAUAAUUUGCGCUUCGGCUUGGCCAUUUCUAUUUGCAUGGAAUGCAACACUUGCUACCGAGCGCAUCAUCGCCGUUGGACAGACAACAUUCGGUUUGAAUUGGUAUGAUUAUCCGCCAGAGCUACAAAGAUGUCUGGUUCUUAUCAUUUCGCGUUCACAGAAACCUGUCUAUUUCACCGGACUUGGUAUCGUUCAUUGUACUUUGGAGACACUUGGCAAAGUAAGUGAUUCGGAUUGA